AUGGCGUAUCUCAAGCGAGAUCUGAAAACGGCCAAUGUGUUCCUUAUGAAGGAUGGGUUUGCCAAGAUUGGCGAUUUUGGAAUAAGCAAAGUAAUGGGCCCGGAGACAUUUUUUCAAGGCGCAAGGAGUGUUGUCGGUACACCGUACUACAUUAGUCCUGAGAUGUGCUCUGGAAAGUCUUACAAUGAGAAGAGCGAUAUGUGGGCUUUGGGAUGUAUCCUGUACGAGAUGGUCUGUUUACAGAAGGCCUUCGAAGGCGAGAAUCUGCCUGCACUUGUCAAUAGAAUUAUGACG